AUGGAGGGUUACCGUAGAUGCAACAACUGUGGCAAGGAGGGCCACUUUAGGAAGGACUAUCUCACUCUUGCUAGGGCAACAACACGCCCUCCGGUUCAAACCCCUCACCAACACCAGCGGAGGGACAGAGGCAACAGGCCUCAGGCGACAGGCAGGGUGUAUGCCAUGACCGGAGCAGAGGCUGCAGGCUUAGGUAAUCUUGUUAUGGGUCGAUGCAUGAUAGCUGGUGAAUCUUUGUGUGUACUGUAUGAUUCUGGAGCGACACACUCUUUUGUGUCAAUUGCUUGUGUGGAGCGUCUGGGUCUACCGGUGCGCGAGCUGCAGUGCAAACUGGCAGUAUCUACCCCGGCGUCGGGUCUGGUCAGGAUGUCGUCCUUGUGUGCUAGGCUUCCGGUGGAGGUAGAGGGACGCAGAUACAAGGGAGUGGUGAAGGAGAUUCAGGGUGGUGCGCAAUGCUUCAUAAUCUUCGCUCGUAUGGAGGUAGGGGAGAAGGAGGGAACAUUGGUCAUACCUGUGGUGCAUGAGUUUGAAGACGUAUUACCGGAUGAAGUACCAGGGUUGCCUCCCAAUAGAAAGGUGGAGUUCUCUAUUGAUCUGGUACCAGGAACAUGCCCGAUGUCGAUGGCUCCAUAUCACAUGGCUUUGGUAGAGUUAGUGGAACUCAAGAAACAGAUAGAGAAACUGAUGGAGAAGCAGUUCAUCUGA